UGUGUCCCUCGGACACAGCGGAUCACCGAUCACAGAAAGAGCCGAAGAUGUCGGCUCAGUCAUGUGAUCAGCUGUGUCCAAUCACAGCUGAUCACAUGGGACAUGUACACUGAUCAUAAGGGAACUGAUGAUCAGUGUGCCCUGAUGAUCAGUGUGGCCCCAGCAGUGCCACCUGUCAGUGUCCAUCAGUGCACAUCAAUGCCACAUAUCAGUGCCCAUCUGAGCUGCCUUUCAGUGCCGCCUAUCAGUGCCAGUCAGUGCUGCCUAUCAGUGCCAUGUAUCAGUGCUGCCUUUCAGUGCCCAUCAAUGAUGCCUGUCAAUGCCUCCUCAUCAGUGCCACCUAUCAGUGUCCAUCAGUGCAGCCUAUCAGUGCCCAUCAGUGCAGCCUCAUUAGCGCACAUCAGU